AUGGUUACGGAGGAGGCGGUCCUGGACACACCAGCUCUAGAGCAGUGCUGCACCGUGGAGGAGGCGGUCCUGGAGGCGGACCAGCGGCCGGCGCGGGCUGCUCCAACAACUACCACAGUCGCUCCAACUACAACUACAGCUUCUGCAACAACUACUACAGUCGCUCAAACAACAACUACAGUUGCACCAACUACAACCACUGCUGCUCCAACUACAACCACAGUUGCUCCAACCACAACUACAGCUUCUCCAACAACUACAGUUGCACCAACUACAACCACAGCCGCUCCAACAACUACCACAGCAGCUCCAACUACAACUACAGCUUCUCCAACCACAACCACAGUUGCACCAACUACAACUACAGCAGCACCAACUACAACUACUGCUGCACCAACCACAACUACUGGUGCACCAACUACAACUACUGCUGCACCAACCACAACUACAGUUGCACCAACUACAACCACUGCUGCUCCAACUACAACCACAGUUGCUCCAACCACAACUACAGCUUCUCCAACAACUACCACAGCAGCUCCAACCACAACAACAGCUGCUCCAACAACUACAGUUGCACCAACUACAACCACAGUCGCUCCAACUACAACUACAGUUGCACCAACUACAACUACUGCUGCUCCAACUACAACUACAGUUGCACCAACUACAACUACAGCUUCUCCAACCACAACAACAGUCGCUCCAACAACUACCACAGCAGCUCCAACUACAACUACAGUUUCUCCAACUACAACUACAGCUGCUCCAACAACAACCACAGUCGCUCCAACUACAACUACAGCUUCUCCAACAACUACCACAGUCGCUCCAACAACAACUACAGUUGCACCAACUACAACCACAGCUGCUCCAACUACAACCACAGCUGCACCAACUACAACCACAGUCGCUCCAACCACAACUACAGCUUCUCCAACAACUACCACAGCAGCUCCAACUACAACCACAGUUGCUCCAACAACAACUACAGUCGCUCCAACAACUACCACAGCAGCUCCAACUACAACUAAAGCUUCUCCAACAACUACCACAGUCGCUCCAACAACAACUACAGCAGCUCCAACUACAACCACAGUUGCUCCAACAACAACUACAGUCGCUCCAACAACAACCACAGUCGCUCCAACUACAACUACAGCUUCUCCAACAACUACCACAGUCGCUCCAACAACAACUACAGUUGCACCAACUACAACCACAGCUGCUCCAACUACAACCACACCUGCAUCAACUACAACCACAGCCGCUCCAACUACAACCACAGCAGCUCCAACUACAACUACAGCUUCUCCAACAACUACCACAGCAGCUCCAACUACAACUACAGCUUCUCCAACUACAACCACAGUUGCACCAACUACAACUACUGCUGCACCAACUACAACUACUGCUGCACAAACUACAACCACUGGUGCACCAACUACAACUACUGCUGCACCAACAACUACCACAGUCGCUCCAACUACAACUACAGCUUCUCCAACAACUACCACAGUCGCUCCAACUACAACUACAGCCGCUCCAACCACAACCACAACAGCUCCAACUACAACCACAGUUGCUCCAACCACAACUACAGCUUCUCCAACAACUACCACAGUCGCUCCAACUACAACUACAGCUUCUCCAACUACAACUACAGCUGCUCCAACUACAACUACUGCUGCACCAACAACUACCACAGUCGCUCCAACUACAACAACAGCUGCUCCAACCACAACCACUGCUGUUCCAACAACAACUACAGUUGCACCAACUACAACCACAGCUGCUCCAACUACAACCACAGCUUCUCCAACCACAACAACAGCUGCUCACACAACAACAACAACUAUUGCUGCACCAACUACAACAACAACUGCUCCAACCACAACCACUGCUGCUCACACAACAACAGUUGCACCAACUACAACUACUGGUGCACCAACUACAACUACAGUUGCACCAAUUACAACAACAGCUGCUCACACAACAACAGUUGCACCAACUACAACUACAGUUGCACCAACCACAACCACAGCCGCUCCAACAACUACCAAAGUCGCUCCAACAACUACCACAGCAGCUCCAACUACAACUACAGCUUCUCCAACCACAACUACUGCUGCACCAACAACUACCACAGUCGCUCCAACUACAACUACAGCUUCUCCAACAACUACCACAGUCGCUCCAACAACAACUACAGUUGCACCAACUACAACUACUGCUGCACCAACUACAACUACUGCUGCACCAACAACUACCACAGUCGCUCCAACUACAACUACAGCUUCUCCAACAACUACCACAGUCGCUCCAACUACAACUACAGCAGCACCAACCACAACUACUGCUGCUCCAACCACAACCACAGUUGCACCAACUACAACUACAGCAGCACCAACUACAACUACAGCUUCU